UUCUGGAUGUGUUAGAUAAUAGCUUUAACAUUGCCUUUCAGCAUUCCGUAUUUGCUCCAUGUGCAGAUUAAAACAAAUAGCACGUUUACAGUAUUGAUCUGAUAAAAUGGGGCUUUCAUCUGUUAUUUUCAUCCUCUUUUCAACAGCAUUGACUGUAUCAAAUUUUUCUCUUGCAGGAAGUAUGGCCAUCAAAAGCCUGAUUUCCCCCCAAGCCACACGCUUCAGUUAUGUUGAAGUGACUCUUCAGAAACCCCUCAGCCUGAUGGCAUUCACACUAUGCAUGAGAGUGGCCACAGAGCUCCGUGGUGAGAGAGAAAUCAUCCUGUUUGCCUACCGAAUUCCGAGUCAUGAUGAGCUGAAUGUGUGGCGUGAGCUGGACGGACGGUUUUCCAUCUACAUAGGUGGAGAAGGAGUUCAUUUCCACAUCCCAGAGCUCAGCUCCAUGCAGACUCAGCUGUGUGUCACCUGGGAUUCCAGUUCAGGUGCAGCAGCCUUCUUCAUCAAUGACAAAAAAAGUUUGACCAAAAUCUUCAAAAGGGGUCACAUCAUCAGAUCAGAAGGCAGGAUUGUCCUCGGUCAGGAUCCAGAUGCAUUCUUAGGUGGCUUUGAUGUCAAGCAGAGUUUUGUUGGGGAGAUUCUUGAUGUGAACUUGUGGGACUAUGUUCUGUCAGACACAGAAGUACAAGACACGUUUGUUCGGAAAAGGGGAAAUGUUAUUGACUGGGAAACCACUCAGCUCAAUAUCAAUGAGAAAACAGAGUAGAGACCACAGUGGAAUAGAAGAACAAAUCUGGUCAUCUGAUGGGCUGCUUUUAUUACCUGACACACGGGAGGCGACCCGCGGCAGCGGCCAGCGGCAAAGCCGUCUACGCGUUCUGUUCCAUGGCUAAAUUGAAACUUCCGUUGUUUUGCUUGGCUGUGUCAGGUUGGAGGG